AUGGCUUCGACAUUCGGUGCCACUUCUACAGUUGGCCUUAUGGCUGCUCCAACAGGGAAGAAUGUGCGCCUUCAGAGGAGGACUAACUUCAGAGUAAAAGCAGCCAAGGAGCUGUACUUCAACAAGGAUGGCUCAGCUAUCAAGAAGCUCCAGACUGGAGUCAAUAAGCUUGCAGACCUAGUUGGAGUUACACUCGGACCAAAGGGAAGGAAUGUCGUUUUGGAGAGCAAGUAUGGCUCUCCUAGGAUUGUUAACGAUGGUGUUACAGUUGCAAGAGAGGUUGAGCUGGAGGACCCUGUGGAAAACAUUGGAGCUAAAUUGGUCAGGCAAGCUGCAGCUAAGACCAAUGAUCUAGCUGGAGAUGGGACAACCACCUCCGUGGUCCUUGCUCAGGGACUGAUUGCUGAGGGUGUUAAGGUUGUGGCAGCUGGUGCUAAUCCUGUCCAGAUUACUCGUGGUAUCGAGAAAACAGCGAAAGCACUAGUUGAAGAACUACGUAAGUUGUCUAAGGAUGUUGAAGAUAGCGAGCUUGCAGAUGUUGCUGCAGUUAGUGCUGGCAACAACUAUGAAAUCGGUAACAUGAUAGCAGAGGCCAUGAGCAAGGUUGGUCGGAAGGGUGUGGUUACCCUUGAAGAGGGGAGGAGUUCUGAGAACUUUCUCUAUGUUGUGGAGGGAAUGCAGUUUGACCGUGGUUAUAUCUCUCCGUACUUUGUAACAGACAGUGAGAAAAUGUCUGUCGAGUACGAGAACUGCAAGCUGCUUUUGGUUGACAAGAAGAUCACCAACGCAAGGGAUCUUAUCAACGUUUUGGAAGAAGCCAUCAGAGGUGCAUACCCAAUCCUGAUAAUUGCUGAGGAUAUUGAGCAGGAGGCUCUUGCUACCCUUGUUGUCAACAAGCUUAGAGGAUCAUUGAAGAUUGCUGCCAUCAAAGCCCCUGGUUUUGGAGAGCGCAAGACUCAGUACUUGGAUGAUAUUGCCAUCCUUACUGGAGCAACUGUAAUCAGAGAUGAAGUUGGGCUGUCGCUUGACAAGGCUGACAAAUCAGUCCUUGGAACAGCUGCAAAGGUUGUUCUUACCAAAGAGUCGACAACAAUUGUUGGUGACGGCAGCACCCAGGAAGAAGUGACUAAAAGGGUUGCGCAGAUUAAAAAUCUGAUUGAGGCAGCAGAACAAGAAUACGAAAAGGAAAAACUCAAUGAGAGGAUAGCAAAGCUUGCUGGUGGUGUUGCUGUCAUUCAGGUGGGAGCACAAACAGAAACUGAACUAAAAGAGAAGAAGUUGAGAGUUGAGGAUGCGCUAAAUGCAACUAAGGCUGCUGUCGAGGAAGGUAUUGUUGUUGGUGGAGGGUGCACUCUUUUGCGGCUUGCAGCUAAAGUCGAUGCCAUCAAGGAUACACUGGAGAACGAUGAGCAGAAGGUUGGAGCUGAAAUAGUAAGGAGGGCCCUGAGCUACCCACUUAAAUUGAUUGCUAAAAACGCUGGUGUCAAUGGCAGUGUUGUCACUGAGAAGGUCCUUUCUAACGAUAACUUCAAGUAUGGUUACAAUGCUGCUACUGGACAGUACGAGGACUUGAUGGCUGCUGGUAUCAUUGACCCCACCAAGGUGGUGAGAUGCUGCUUGGAGCACGCCGCGUCGGUAGCCAAGACCUUCCUGACAUCAGAUGUCGUGGUCGUCGACAUCAAGGAGCCGGAGGCCACGCCCCUCGCUAACCCAAUGGACAACUCUGGUGAAAAGAUAUCAGAUGAACGUUUCAUUCUAGCUUCACAAGCACUUCAAGUAUACUACGUUCCUGAUCAGGUUGAUACUGAGUGGGCUGCUGCUGUUCAAUCAAUACCUAGUGGUUCAUAUAACUUGGAUAAUUUGGAGAUUGAACAUACCGAUAAUGAUAAUGGACAGGUUAUGCCUUCUGUGACUGAUCUAAGUGGCACUGUGACUGUGGAUAUUAUUAAUGGGGUUAUCCCUUCUGUUAGAACUGACAUAGAUGGUGUAAUUGUUGAUAAAAAAAAUCUAAAAAUGGAUCUAGAAAGAGGAAAAAUGGCAAGCGCUAGAAAAAACAAUACUUGUGCCCCUCUCAACGUGUAUGAACAGCAGAGGAAUGCAAACAUUACAAUUAUUGAUGCGAAGCUACAAUCUCUUAAUAUCCCUAGGAUGACAAAAGAGCAAAAUGAUCAACCUAAGACAAGGAAAAAGGUUCUAGAACUCACACAGUUGUUGCUGAAACGGAAGCCCAUAAUUUGCGCCCAAGGCCACCAAGAAAUUGUUGAGAAUGCAAAUGAGGAGAUUGAUGAAGAUCUGGAUUGUGAACCAAUUGGGGAUUUUUUAUGUGCCAACGAAGAUGUUCAUAUUAGUCCACGCAAGAAAAGGGGAGGGAGGGGUAUCACUAGAAUAGAAGAAGUAUUUGCAAGGACACCUGAUAUGGCAAAAGUGAAAAUAAAUCUUAAUGAAUAUGGUCAGCCUGUAGGGUCACGUUCUAGGGAGCUUGCUAGUGUUAUUGGUUGUUUGGUGAGGAAGAUAUCAGUUCAGUGUUCUGAUUGGAGGCUUGUUGAUGUUAACAAGAAGAGUGCACUUUGGAACGACCUAAAGGCUAAAUAUGAUAUUCAUGCUGAUGGAAAGAAUUGGGUUUUAAAAACUGCUGGAAAUAAAUGGAAGGACUUUAAGGCAAAUUUGAAGAAACAGUAUUUUGAUGACAAAUUAACAGAUGAGCAACUUAAGAAAAUGUAUGGUGAUAGAGUUAAUGACAGUGAUUGGGCGUAUCUUGUAACUCAUUGGAUGUCUCCUGACUUUGAAGGUCAUGAGCUAGGACGCCCUCCUCGACGAGAUGAAGUAUAUAUCAAAACUCAUACAAGAAAAAAUGGUGUUCCUACACAGAAUGCAGAACCAAUCAUUAACAAACUUAAAGAAAUUGUUGAAGCCCGCCCAGAGUUGAAGGAAAGAACAAUUGAACAGGGCGAUGCACUUGCUGCUGCUUGUGGUGCAAAGGAGCCAAGAGGGCGUGUAGCCCAAGGUCUACAGAAAAUGUUGAUGCACAUCAUCAUGAUGCUCUUUUCGAAGAAGAUGAAGAUUGUGGAGAUAAUGAAGACCAUGACGCAUGUCCCGAGGAGGGUGAAUAUUAGUUUGCACGGAGGCGUCUUGCAGCCCAUACUAUGCAGUUUCAUCAACAUAGCCCCACUAGUGCAACCCAUACAGUGCAGACCCAUGCAACCUCACCCCAUCAGUGCACCCCCAACGAUACAGCCCCUGUUGCGCAGCACCAUGCACCCUUGUCCAGUCACCGCUUCCCCAACAAUGCAGCCCCUACAGUCCAGCACGGUGCAGCACAUGAAGAGCAGCCCCAUGCAACCUCAUCCCGUCAGUGUAUCCCCAGCAAUGUUCUUCCUGCAGUCCAGCCCGAUGCAGCCCGUUAAGUGCAACCCGAUGCAGCAAAACAAGCAAAGCCAGUGCAACCCCAGCCUGGAAUGA